UCAGAAAUCUCGCGAUAAGAGAAGAAGGGAAGAAGCGUGAGGGGUUUCUUGAUUUAGCGCGUGCGGUUCUCUCUUUCCUUUACAAGUGAUUCGGAGGAACGGAGCACAUUUGCACGCGUGGCGCACCUAAACAGUAAACAUGGUGCUGUUGCACGUGCUUUUCGAGCACGCGGCUGGAUAUGCGUUAUUCGCUGUCAAAGAAGUUGAAGAGAUCGGGAUGCUUCUACCUCAGGUGGAGGAGAGCGUACUAAACGUAGGAAAGUUUAGUACUGUGGUCAGACUAAGUGCUUUCUUUCCGUUUAAAUCCGCCCAGGGUGCGCUUGAAAACAUCAAUGCAGUUUCUGAAGGUGUUGUCCAUGCAGAUCUCAAGUUGUUUUUGGAGACCAACCUGCCGUCCGGAGGUAAAAAGAAGACUAUGUUGGGUGUGUCUGAUGCUAAGCUUGGAGCAGCGCUGCAGGAGGAGCUGCAGUUGUCCAUUCAAACAGGAGGCGUAGUUGCCGAAAUAAUACGAGGUGUGCGUCUGCACUUUCAUUCCCUGGUCAAGGGGCUCACCGCCCAAGCAGCGUCUAAAGCUCAACUGGGUUUGGGCCACAGCUACUCCAGGGCCAAAGUCAAAUUCAACGUCAACAGGGCAGACAACAUGAUCAUCCAGUCCAUCGCCCUCCUAGAUCAACUAGACAAAGAUAUCAACACGUUCUCCAUGCGUGUUCGUGAAUGGUACGGGUACCAUUUCCCAGAGCUGAUAAAGAUAGUGAGCGACAACAGCUCAUACUGUAAACUGGCCAAGCUGAUCGGGAACCGAAAGGAAAUGACGGAGGAGAUUCUGGAAGCCCUUGAGGAGAUCACCAUGGACAGCGGCAAAGCUCAGGCCAUUCUGGAUGCUUCUCGUAGCUCUAUGGGCAUGGAUAUCUCACCGAUUGACCUGAUCAACAUCGAGAGCUUUUCCAGUCGCGUGGUGUCCCUCACAAACUACAGACAGGAGCUGCAAGAGUACCUGCGUUCGAAAAUGGGCCAGGUGGCGCCAAAUUUAGCAGCUUUGAUUGGUGAAGUGGUCGGAGCACGUCUCAUCUCCCACGCUGGAAGUUUGACAAACCUGGCCAAAUAUCCGGCCUCCACAGUGCAGAUCCUGGGAGCAGAGAAGGCCCUGUUCAGGGCGCUGAAGACUAGAGGAAACACUCCGAAGUAUGGUCUCAUUUUCCACUCGACGUUCAUCGGACGCGCAGCUGCCAAAAACAAAGGGCGCAUCUCUCGGUACCUGGCCAAUAAAUGCACCAUUGCGUCGCGCAUCGACUGCUUUUCAGAGGUGCCAACCAGUGUGUUUGGAGACAAACUGCGUGAUCAAGUAGAAGAACGUUUGGCUUUCUAUGAGACCGGAGAAGCUCCACGGAAAAACUUGGAUGUUAUGAAAGAGGCCGUUGCUGAGGCCACUGAGGUAGCGGCUGAGAUCAAACGAAAGCUUGAUAAGAAGGAAAAGAAGAAAAAGAAAAGGGAAAAGAAAAAGCUUGAAGCCCUUUCCACAGCUGAAGGAGAUGUGGAGGAGAAUGGAGAUGCAGAGGUGAGCGUGAAGAAGAAAAAGGUUAAGAAGCAGGUUGAGGAGGAACCUGAGGAGGAGGUCACAAACGGGUUGGAGGCCACACCUUCUAAGAAGAAAAAGAGGAAGAUUGAAGCCGUUGAGGCAGAGCCGGAGACAAAAGAGGAGGAGGAUCAGACCGAGAAGAAAAAGAAAAAAAAGAAAAAGAAGGCUGGGGAGGAUGAAUAAAUUCGAUCCUCCUGACUGGACCUUUUUUUGUAUUGUACAGCUUUUAGUUGUUUUUGGUUCAUCAGUGUUGGACUUAAGUCAAGUGUUGGAGACGCUUGGAAGCCAGACACGGUGAUGCGUCGAUGGUUAGCAAACAUGGUUUUAUUUACUGUGAUUUCUUAAAGCACCUUCAUCUGAAAUGGAUGGUUGAUCUGUGCCUUGAGUUAAAAUAAAAUAACAGCCCUUUGGGGGUUAUUAAAAAGAGUUUGUGUUUGGUCAAACUUGUCAUUCAGAUUGUAUGAAACUCAAUUUAUACCAUUUCAUGUAAAUAAUUAAAUUACACACUUGGAAUUGUAAGUCUCGAUUCAAGUUAUCAUUUAUGGUAGCAUCUUACUUUGAGAGAUAUUUUUGUACUUGUAGACUGCAGCUAUCAGAAUUGAAAAUGGUGCAUGUGGCUUUACCAAGCUUUUUGCCAUGCCAGUACUCCAGCCAUUGUAUUCUAAUGUUUUGGGCUGUUUAAUUGUUUGGCCUUUCAAUAAAUUCAGAAUGGGUCAUGCUA